AUGGAUUUAGGUAUGAAUGAUUCAGUCCCUGAAUCUGUGGAAGACAACGGUAGUUCAGUUCCUGCUGAUUCUCCUGAGGUUAUGAUUCAAAGAUCAUCAGAAUCGAUAGAAAACGUGAGUGUAAAUGGAUUAUUAGUAUUGCCUGACGAUGAUGAUGAUCGUGAGGAGGGUAUUGGAUCACCUCAACAAUCGAACAAACCUGACGGUUUUAGAGUUGAGUCUCCGGGUGGAUCAGUGCAUUCGACGAGAAAAGGUUUUGGUUUAAAGAAAUGGAGAAGGAUCAAAAGAGAUGGUCCUGUGAAGGACGAGUCUACUCCUGUUGAUGAUGGUAGUAAAUUGCUGAAGCGCGGUUUGACUGGUUCGGUGAAUCCUCCUGCUAAACAUGUAGACGUGUCUUCAGUUGAAGCACGGCAGAGCCAAGCGUCUGAGAAAAGUGAAGAGCAUAUCGGUAAUUUUAGAGGGAAGAAGGGUAGUGAAGAGCGGGUGAAAGUGGAGAAGGAAAAGCCUUGUUCCAGCUUGGAUUCCGACUUGCGAAGUAGUGAUUUUGUGUUUUCCAGUGGUGCGGUUUCUGUUGCUAACAACGGAGAGAAAGAUGAGAGAUUGAUGAAUCAUAUUGGGGAAUAUAGCAAAGAAGGUCGUUUCAGGGAGGAAGUCGAAACAUAUAGCCGAAGUGAAAACGGGGAUAAAGAAGAAGAUGGAGAUGAGAGUAAGAAAAACUACAAUCAUUGGGUAGACAAGGAUCCACUUGCAGAUUCUAUCAGGAAUUUUGCGGCUCUGCAGGAAGCUCUCUGGAAAGAGGUUCAAAGUUUCCAGGAGCUGGGUAAGGAUUUUAUACCACUACAUAAAAACGCCAACGAAUUGAGUUCACCAGAUCAGUCAGGAAAUGAAAAUUGUAGGGAAGAGAACUCAGCAUCCUCAGGGUCACAUGCACUGAACCUAAAGCAGACGGUAAAACACUUGGAACACAAACUCGAGGAAGCAAGAGCUGUUCUCGAGGCAAAAGAAUCCAGGAUUCAAGAACUCGAAAACUCAAAGAUUGAAUCAGAACUCGAAGGCAUUUUCAAGAGAAAGAUCGAAACUGAAAUCGAGCUUUUGAUGCUCACAAGAUCUCUAAAAUCACUACAAGCACUGAAACAACCUAAGAAGGUACAUUUUCUGAUAGAAGAUCCUGAGUCAAACCGUGGAGACAUCUUAGGAAAAUCAUGCAAGUUCGGUUUCUAUUUCUUGACACAAUUGAUCUUGCUCGUCUCCAUACUUUGGUUUCUGGUCCUCCAAUUCUCUCCUGCUUCACUAUUAGUUAUACCAACUUGA